AAACACUGGUCAUCUUUUCCUUUUGGGGAGUCAUCACAGCUCUCAAGUGAAGAUUGCACAGCUGCUUUUUUCGACCACUGUUUAGCUCUUUCAUAGUCAUCUGAAGCAAAAAUAUGGCACCAAUCAAAAAUGACAUGCAUGGGCUGUCGAACAGUGGCUCAGGUUUACUGUAAACACGGCAAAGCACUCUUUGUUCUUUGUCAGCCACUUGCAGGACUUCACAGCAUUGACCACCGCUGAGGACAUAUGCACUGUCUUGGGUCUUGGUAGAGAUUUUGCCUACAGUUGUUGUUUUUUUCUGUUCGAUUUUCUCUUCCAGCCUCCUAGCAACCUGAAUCAGUGGGUUUCUACCAGAACGCACCAUCCUCUUGAGUGUCUGCAGAUAGUUUUCAAACAUGAAGGCACUACAAUUUUCCAGACCAUCGAAGUUUUCAGCAUCUGUUGCUAUGUGCAACAUUGCAUGUGUGUUGUAAACAAGGAAUUCUUGUCCAUAAAGAUUCCGACCUUUUUCCACAAAAUAAUGCAGCAGUUCAUCUGCAUAUUUCGAGUGUUCCUGCACAAGACUUGGACAUACCAAAAUUAUCAUGGCUAUGCUAAAGGAAAGGAAGUGCAAAUACAUUUAAUCAGGCAGUAUACCCUUCAACACAAUCUUCCCAGUGUAAAGAAGGAACUGACGAAACUCAGUUGCUUUCCACCUGUCCAGUUCCUCAAGACCUCUAGGCUUUCGCACAAAAGUAGAUGGGAUGCAUUUCCGAAGAGACCGCAGUCUUGCACUAAUCUCUGUGAUUUGGCUGGCUGAAACCCUCACAACUCUGUCUCCUCUGGUCCAGAUGUGCAGGAGUCCUUUCAUUACACCUAGACAAGCCUGGUGCAUGUAAUCAAUGGGAAAACUCUGCACCAUGUCUAUGGGGAGUGAAUCCCAAGAUUCAUCAGAUGAGCCAGUUCCCUUACUGUGUCUUCCAAAAAGCCAAGAUCUGUUGGUCGACUUAACCGCUUGUCAGAGCCGUGGGGAAAAUGGUGACUGGGUCUAACAUGACUGCACAAAGAACUGGCCACAUACAUGUUUUGGAACUCUUCUACAGUGGUCAGAAGCAGAGGAUACAUUCAAACUGUUAAUACCCUCCCAUGUCGCUGCUCUUGACUGUUCUUCCACAUUUGCAGAAUGCAAAUAGGGUUCAUUGUCAGAUGAACACUCUCCACAAAUCAUCACCAUGUCAACAUCCUUUUGUGAUUGUUCUUCAAGUGGAAGAUCAAGUGAUUGUACUUCAGCUGGUGGAUUACUCUCCAGGUGGCAGUACCAACGAUGUUUCGUCCAGCAUUACUGAAGAAGAAUACCGCCAACGUGACUAACGGAGGAACAAACCUGAGACAGAGGCUUGCCAGCAGCAAUACACACGAGCUAAGAAUUUAGUGUGGAAAAAAUGCAGGACAAUCCUUCCAGUACCACAAUGGAGAGGCAGACUCCCAAAGGCAACAGAUGUAAAACAUCCUGCUGAAUACUUUAGAGGCCUCCUCACUAGUAGCUGUAUUGAAAAUAUAGUAGAACAAACCAACCUCUAUGCCAUACAGUGUGAUCCUAGCAAACCACUCAAAGUCACAUUUGAGGAGAUUGAGCAAUUCAUUGGCAUUUGUUUCAUGUCAAUCUUCGGACUUCCAGGAUGCCGAAUGUACUGGCAGUCAGCAACAAGGAUCGACUGUGUUGCAAACACCAUGGCCUUGCAUCGCUGGGAGGCUAUCAAACGCAAUCUACACUUUUCUGACAACUUAAAGCAAGCUCCUAUUGGAGAACCAGCUUAUGACAAGCUGUAUAAGGUGCGCCCACUGCUGACAUCCCUCUUGGAGCAGUUCCAAGCAAUCCCAAUUGAUGAAAAUCUUUGUGUGGACGAACAAAUUGUGCCAUUCAAGGGGAAACACCCCAUGAAACAGUACAAUCCCAAGAAGCCAAAACGCUGGGGAUAUAAAGUCUUUGUUCUUGCUGAUAGCAGUGGCAUGGUCUACAACUUUGAGGUGUACACUGGGUGUAUCUGUCCUUGCAACGGGCAGCCUGACAUAGGCGCUAGUGGUAACAUAGUGCUUACCCUUUCAAGCAUCAUUCCAGACAACAUCUCUCACAAGUUGUACUUCGACAACUGGUUCUCCAGUGUUGACCUGCAGAUGCUGUUGGAAAAGAGGAAGAUCCACUGCACUGGCACAGUCAGAACCAAUCGUCUGGCUGGAUGCUGUCUCCCAACAGAUCAAGACAUGAAAAGGAAAGGAAGGGGGGCUUUUGAGGAAAAGGAGACCAUUUAUAAUGGGGUUACCCUUAGGGCUGUGAAGUGGCAUGAUAAUCGAGCAGUCACUCUCCUCUCCACCUUUGCCUCAGCAAAUCCAGCAACCACUGUGACAAGAUGGGACAAAAAAAAGAAGACAACAGUCCAGGUGAAAUGCCCAAGCAUUGUCACCAAGUACAACAAAAGUAUGGGAGGAGUUGAUCUACUAGACUCCCUCAUUGCCCUCUACAGAACAAAGAUUCGAUCCAAAAAGUGGUAUCACCGAGUGGUCUUCCACAUGUUUGAUUUUGCUGUUGUUGAGGCCUGGCUCCUCUACCGGAGAGACAGCAGAGACUGUGGCAUCCCCCCAAAAGAUGUGAGCAGCCUUGCAAAAUUCAAAGCUGAAGUUGCAGGAUGUCUCUGUAUGGAGAAGAAGACCUUGAAGAGAAGAGGGAGACCAUCACAGCACACUGAGGAAGAACAGCCUGAGAAGCGUCCAAAAACCCCUGUAGAACCACGACCAUCAACGCUGGUUCGCAUUGAUCAGACCGGUCAUUGGCCUGUUUGGGUUGAAAGAAAGGGGAGAUGCAAAUACCCAGGUUGUUCAGGCAUUGUAAAAGUGCAGUGCUCAAAAUGUGUUACCUACCUGUGUUUUUCUGUUGAGAGGAAUUGCUUCCUCAACUUUCACAAGCAAUGAGGUGCCAUUAGUCAGGAAGGAGAUUUUUUGUGUAUGUGCUUGUGUACAUGCAGGUCCUUGUGUAUGUGUAUAUACAUGCUUGUUAGGAUAAGGUUCAUAUUAGGAUAAUGUUAUGGUGAUUGUUAAUGUUUUACCUUGAAAUAACACAGAUUGUAAUGUUUUGAUAUCAUAAUUUGAUGAUAUGAUGGUUUGUGUUCCAUGGUGGUACAAUGUUGCCUGAGGGCAACGGCUGGAUUAUAAAUGUUACUUUUUAUUAAAUAUGAAAUGUUUAAUUCAGUAAAAACUUGAUAAAUCUGUUUGUUCAAGUGUUUAGUUA